AUGGUGGCGGCCGCAGCUCCCACGGCUGGUGGUGGGCGAAGGGGGAAAGCAGCACCACGGGUGGCGGCGGGCAAGCAACAGCAGCACGGGCGGCGGGCGGAGGGGGAGAGCAGCAGCAGCACGGGCGGCGGCGGAGGGGGAGAGCAGCAGCAGCUCGGGCGCGCGGCAGCAAUGGUGCGGGCAGCCUGCCUGGGAGGGAGGAGGGAGGCGGCGGCGAGGGAGGGCGAGGCCAGCGGCAGCGUCUGCGUGGGGAGGGCCGGCGGCGGCUACGUGGGAGAGAGGAGGGAGGCGGCGGCGGGGGUAGGGCGCGGCGGCGUAGAGCGCGGCGGCGACGAGCGAGAGAUGAGGGUGGCGGCGGCGGGGUAG